AUAAGCAUUAUAGAUAUCAAGGAUUGUAAUCGGAGGCCCUUUCCAAACCCUAGCCCCCCUUUUCCUCCUCUCCGUCGCCCACCUACCGACCCGAAGCCCCGAUAGAUUUCCUCCUCCCUCCUCUCCGGCGCGAGCUCCGCCUCCGCCCGAGGUGUUUUCUCCUCCUCCCUCCUCUCCGGCGCCGACCGACCGGCCCUCAAGCCUCGAGCGAGCUUCGCCUCCGCCCGAGGAUCUUCUCCUCCUCCCUUCUCUCCGGCUCCGACCCCGUCCCCGUCCUAACCGCGCGUCCUGGUCUCGACCCAGGUAACAACAUGCGUCGAGGAAAACGAUUCAGAGAUGUGGAGUUCCAACAGUCUCAGAUGGGAUCUUCUUCUGAUCAGUCCCUGCAGUCCCAGCAGCCCUGUGAGCACCAGCAGCACGAGUCCCAAUCUCAGCGGGAGCCUCCUGCUCAUUACCCGAGAGAGGAGGUUGUUAUGGACGACUUACAGAUCCAGGAUAGACAAGGGACGGUGAGGAUGAGACGGGGACUCACUCGAGCAAGGGAUGUCUGGCAGCCUCAUGAGGGUGACAAGAUCGUCGUCCGAUGCAACGAAUUGGGGCAGCCCAUCAAGAGGGCUGGAAGUCUUUUAUCAAGUUUCUUAGGAUCGGUUGUACGCAAGGGUCAGUUGUGUCCGCUCAACUAUACGAAGUGGAAUGAAAUGCUUCCUUCAUAUAAGGUUGAGCUUCUUAAAUUUAUACAGGAUAAGUUUGUACUUCCUCCAGAGAGCCAUGAUUGGGUGCUAAAGUUCCUCAACCGCAAAUGGAAAGCAUAUAAGGCGAAGUUGAAGACGGACUUCAAGCGUGAGGGUAUGACAGAGGAGGAGGUUGCUCGUGUUUGUCCUCCUGAUAUAUACCCCCAGCAGUGGAGGGAGCUUGUUCACUACUGGUUUUCUGAAAGAGGACAGGCAUAUUCCAAUAUUGGUAGAGCUGCACGAGCAUCUCAGAUAGAAGAGCAUGAAAGGGAGCCUGGUGAGGUAGAGUUCUAUAGUAAGACUUACACCUACCGAGAUGACAGUUUUGUCCGGAAGGAGGUCAAAGAUAUAGUUGACAGGGCUACAUCUCUUAUUUCAGAGCGUGUCGGAGAGUCAUCAUCAUCCGACGCGACCAGUCGCAUCAAAGCUCAGGUUUUCAUUGAAUUGAUGGGUCCAGAAUGUUAUGGCCAAGUGAGUGGUUAUGGUGUUGGAGUUACUGCCACUCAGUUGUCUGCAGUGAGCCGAUAUACCCAAGAUGCCAGACAUGUUAGUAGCACUGCAGAGAUUUGUAGUCUAAAGACAGAAAUAGAGCAGAUAAGGCAGAGCUAUGAGACAGAGAUAGAGAAGAUAAGGCAGAGCCAUAAGACCGAUAUUGCAAAGUUGAAGCAGAGCCAAGAGUUAAAGAUACAAUCUUUGCAGGAUCAGCUUAACCAGAUUUCAUCUUUAUUGCAGAGAUUUGCCCCUCAGGUUGGUGAUACUUCAUUUACUCGUGGCGAUGAUGAUGCCAUCGACCCCUGAUAUAUCGUAGACUUUUUAUUUAGAAAUUUGAUAGGUAUGUUUUUAAUGUUAUCAAAGUACAAUAUAAUCAAAUAUGAUAAUAUGAAUAUCUCGAAUGAAAAGUUCUUGUCUGUGACGUGACUUUUGUUAUCUGUAUGAUUUAGGUUGUAUA